AUGGCAAGGGUAUAUGUACCAGCAGGGAAGGUGUUCCUGCUCAACUCUCUUCACUUCACUGGUCCUUGCACACUCAAACCUCUCCUUUUCACUGUCGAUGGAGAAGUGAUAGCACAGAGCGAUCCAAAGAAAUGGCAAAAAGGGGAGAACGGGGUAAUACCAUGGCUCAUAUUCGAUCAAGUGGAGGGACUUGUGAUCUCAGGACGUGGCUUGUUGGACGGCCAAGGCAAAGGAUGGUGGGACAUUCACUGUAGAGACCAUCCCGGACCUAUGAUGACAUUUAGCAAUUGCGGAAGUGUAACAUUGACGAGUUUGAGAUUCAGAAACAGUGCACAAGCACAUGUUCUUGUGAUGGGAAGCCAAAAUGUGAACAUCAAUGACAUCAAAAUAGCAUCACCGGAGGCUAGCCCUAAUACCGAUGGUGUACACAUCACAUCUUCUUCCGCCGUUUCUAUUACUCAUUCCGACAUCGCCACUGGUGAUGAUUGUGUGUCGAUCGGAGAUCAAGUGAAUAAUGUGAAUGUUACAUUUGUGAACUGCGGACCUGGACAUGGUGUGAGCAUUGGGAGUUUAGGAAGAGGAGGAACAAAUGUAGCAGUGGAAGACAUACGUGUGUGGCACGUCAACUUCACGGGAACAACUAACGGAGCUCGAAUCAAGACAUGGCCCGGGGGAACUGGUUACGUCCGAGGAAUCGAAUUCUUUGACAUUCGUUUCUCCGCCGUACAAAACCCCAUCAUCAUUGAUCAGUUCUACGGUUGUGUGUCUAAAUGCGCUGAGACUAGGAAGGCAGUUCACAUAGAGAAAGUGAGAUACAUGAAAAUGAGUGGAACAUCGGCGACAAAGGUGGCGAUGAAGCUUGAGUGUUCAGGGGAGAGUGUUCCAUGUAGCAACGUUUUCAUGAGAGACAUUGACUUGUCUCCGGCCAUUGGAAUUGAUUCUCUUUCCUCUCUCUGCUCCUUUGUUCUAGGCUCAGCCCAAGGCAUCGUCCGACCCUCCUCUUGUCUUUAA